AUGUGGAUGCGCAUGCCACGAUCAAUCAGCAGCAUCAGAGUGAAGAAGUCUGAACAUGCAGGUCUGAGUGGUGACUUUAUUGCCGAGAAUCUUUCUGGGUCACCUCCCUCUAUGCUCCUUCCCUCCAAGCCGUUGCCUCCCAUCCGGAAGGGCUCUCCUUCCUGCAAGCCAAUCACAAUGUGCAAUGGAGAGGAAGAGAAAGGGAAAGAUGGCACUGGCUACAAAGAUAUCAGUAGAAACAGUGCGGAGCUGAGUUCAGAGGGAAAAGGGAGUGAGCCUCCCCUGGAGCAGCUGUACCGGGAGGGCCCGCUGCUGGGGAGCGGCGGCUUCGGCAGCGUUUACGCCGGGACCCGGCUCGCCGACGGCGUCCCGGUAGCCAUCAAGCGAGUGUCCCGGGACCGCGUCUUGGAGUGGGCGCGGCUGCACGACGGCGCCCUUGUGCCCCUGGAGCUGGUGCUGCUCUGGAUGGUGUCGUGGCCCGGCUUCCGCGGCAUCGUGCGGCUCCUGGACUGGUUCGAGCUGCCCGACGGCUUCGCGCUGGUCAUGGAGCGUCCGGAGCGCUGUCAGGACCUCUGGCACCUGCUGCACGCGGGGGGGUUCCUGCCAGAGCCCGUGGCGCGGGCGCUGUUCCGGCAGGUGCUGGGGGCCGUGCGGCACUGCACCAGCCGCGGCGUCCUGCACCGCGACAUCAAGGCCGAGAACGUGCUCGUUGACCUGGCCACCGGCGAGGCGAAGCUCAUCGACUUCGGCUGCGGCACCAUCCUGCAGGACACGUUCUACACCCAGAUGGCCGGAACGCGGGAGUACUACCCACCGGAGUGGAUCCUCUUUGGCCGCUACCAUGGCCAGCCAGCCACCAUCUGGUCCCUGGGCAUCCUGCUCUAUCAGCUGGUGUGCAGGCACCUUCCUUUCAAAAGCAGAGAGGACAUCGUCCGGGGACAGCUCUUCUUCCCGCCCCGGGUGUCUCAAGAGUGCCAGCACCUGAUCAGGUGGUGCUUAUCCAUGGACCCUGCAGACAGGCCAUCCUUGGAUGACCUUUUAGAACAUUCUUGGGUGCAGAAGCCCCACCUGGCCCAGGAGACAGCAGAG